CCUUCUAGAAACGUCAUUUUUUGUUAUCCCUUCUUGGAUUAGGGUUUCUGCCGCUGGUGGUGAAAGAAUCGUAAAAGAAAACAAUGGCUUCAACUUCGAAGAAGAUAAUGUUGAAGAGCUCCGACGGAGAGACUUUCGAGGUGGAGGAAGCGGUGGCGGUUGAAUCGCAGACGAUCAAGCACAUGAUCGAAGACGAUUGCGCUGACAACGAAAUCCCUCUCCCUAACGUCAACAGCAAGAUCUUAUCCAAGGUUCUUGAGUACUGCAAGAAGCGCGUCGAUGCCGCCGCCGACAAGGAAAAGAACCCCGAUGAUGAACUCAAUGCUUGGAAUGCUGAUUUUGUCAAGGUUGACCAAAAAACCCUCUUUGACGUCAUCCUGGCUGCGAACUAUUUGAAUAUCAAGAGCUUAUUGGACUUGACAUGCCAAACCGUUGCUGACAUUAUCAAGGGGAAGACACCGGAGGAGAUCCGCAAGACCUUCAACAUCAGGAAUGAUUUCACCCCAGAGGAAGAAGAGGAGGUUCGGAGGGAGAACCAGUGGGCAUUCGAGUGAUAGGGAAGCGUUUAAGUCAAAAUGUUGAUAUAUAUGAUAGGAAUGUCGAUAUUAUCAUGCGCUUCUGCUGCUUUCUUUGGAGACAUUGGCCUUUCGUUUGGUUGUUUUGAUAUCUGCUCUGGUCUAUGUUUGUAGAGGAUUUAACAUGAACCUUUCCCCUUAUUAUCAUCGUAUAUUGAAAUUUCGUAUUUCCAUUGUCUUUGGUCACUACCUUUUUUACUCUUUCUGUUGCAUGAUUUAGACCAGUUGACUUGUUGAAGACUUGGUAACUGAACUUGUGAUUGAAACAACUUUGGUUUAAUGCUGCGUUUAAGUUACGGAAUCCCAUCUUUGCAUCAAA